UCUCUCGUCUCUAUCGGCGACGUGACAUUUGGGAAACCAAUCAACCAAGACAGAAUCAUCCGAUUCCGAAAGACAGCUGAAGAAGAAGUAGUUCGAUCGAUUGCGUCACUGAAUCCGCUCGAGUCCUCAGCAUCAAUCCCUGUCUCUGUUUGCUUCAGCCGCUGGAUCGGCUUCUUCCUGUUUCUGUUCACUCUGCAGCAGCUCAAGGACUGUCGAGCUCGUAAGAAACGAUGAGGAAUAUGGAUUUGGUAUCGGGAUAUAAGGGCGUCGUGGGGCUUGUUUUUGGGAAUGACAGUUCUGCUUCAAGCGAGGAUAGUUAUGUGGAACGCCUCCUAGACCGCAUAAGCAAUGGUGUACUAGCAGAGGACCGGAGGAAUGCUAUUGCCGAGCUUCAAUCAGUUGUAGCAGAAAGUCGUGCUGCCCAGCUAGCUUUUGGGGCUAUGGGUUUCCCGGUACUCAUGAGCGUCUUGAAAGAAGAACGAGAUGAUGUUGAGAUGGUCCGAGGCGCCCUUGAAACACUUGUGAGUGCCUUGACUCCUAUUGACCACGCAAAAGGGCCAGCAAAUGAAAUUCAGGCAGCUUUGAUGAAUGCCGAUUUACUCUCCAGAGAGGCAGAAAGCAUUUCUCUCCUUCUGGGUUUACUGUCCGAAGAUGAUUUCUAUGUCCGAUAUUACACCCUUCAGCUUUUGACAGCUCUUCUCACAAAUUCACAGAAUAGGUUACAGGAAGCUAUACUGGCCAUUCCUCGUGGUAUAACCCGGCUUAUGGAUAUGCUUAUGGAUCGUGAGGUUAUACGAAAUGAAGCUUUGCUACUUCUUACUCACCUAACACGCGAAGCCGAGGAAAUUAAAAAAAUCGUCGUCUUUGAAGGUGCAUUUGAGAAGAUCUUUAGCAUUAUCAGAGAAGAAGGUGGCUCUGAUGGAGGUGUUGUUGUGCAGGACUGUCUGGAAUUGUUGAAUAAUCUCCUUUGUAAUAGUGCAUCUAACCAGAUAUUGUUGAGAGAGACUAUUGGUUUUGAUCCCUUGGUAUCAAUUUUGAAGCUACGGGCAAGCACAUACAGUUUUACCCAGCAGAAGACGAUCAAUCUACUGAGUGCACUAGAAACCAUAACUCUGUUGAUAUUGGGAGUUCCAGACACUGAGAUUGCCAAAGAUUCAGAUAAGAUGACCAAUAAGACUGUCUUGGUUCAGAAAAAUGUAAUAGAUCAUCUCCUUAUGCUUGGCGUUGAAAGUCAAUGGGCUCCUGUAUCUGUUCGAUGCGCAGCUUUACGUUGCAUUGGUGAUCUGAUUGCUGGACAUGCUAAGAACCGUGAUGCCCUUGCGAGUAAAGUUUUGGGAGAGGAGCCACAACUAGAGCCUUCUCUGAAUUCUAUUCUCAGGAUUAUCUUGCGGACAUCCAGUAUGCAAGAAUUUAUUGCAGCUGACUACGUCUUUAAAUGCUUUACUGAGGGCAAUGCUGAUGGUCAAACAAUGUUGGCAUCCACAUUGAUUCCGCAACCAAAUUCUAUGACCCAUGCUCCUCCUGAGGAAGAUGUGCACAUGUCAUUUGGAAGCAUGUUGUUACAGGGUCUUACUUUGAGCGAGAGUGAGGGUGAUCUUGAGACAUGUUCCCGGGCUGCUAGUGUACUUUCACAUGUAUUAAAGGACAACAUCCAGUGCAAGGAAAGGGCAAUCCGGAUUGAACUCGAGGCACCAACACCAUCAUUAGGAGGUGCGGAGCCACUCAUGCAUCGCAUGGUCAAGUACUUGGCUCUUGCUUCUUCCAUGAAGACUAAAGAUGGAAAGUCAAUUUCAGGGAACCUGAUUGUUCAACCCAUAAUUUUGAAGUUGCUCGUGAUUUGGCUCUCUAAAUGCCCCAAUGCUGUCCAGUGUUUCCUUGAUUCACGUCCUCACCUUACGUAUCUGUUGGAGCUCAUAUCGAGUCCAUCUGCUACCGUGUGUAUCAGAGGCUUAGCUGCUCUUCUGUUAGGAGAGUGCGUCCUUUACAACAAGUCCGCUGAAAAUGGAAAGGAUUCUUUCACAAUUGUUGAUUCCAUAAGCCAGAAAAUUGGUAUCACAGCUUUCUUGAUGAAGUUCGACGAGAUGCAGAAGAGUUCUAUUUUCACAUCUGUAAAGUCUGCCCAGCCUCGUAAACCCUUGACUAGGUCUACUGCAGCUAGCAUGGCGGAGAUUGAAGAUGUGGAAGAGAGUGAAUUGCCCGAUCAAAAGAAGGAAGAUCACCCAUUUCUGUCGCUAAUACUUGAUGCCCAGUUCGUGAACUUUCUAAGAGGUUUGGAGGAUGAAAUACGGGAAAGCAUAGUGGAGGUUUACAGUCACCCGAAGAGUCAGGUGGCUGUGGUGCCUGCUGAAUUGGAGCAGAAGAGCGGGGAAGCUGACAGAGAAUACAUCGAGCGGUUAAAACUAUUUGUCGAGAAGCAGUGCUUUGAGAUACAGGGGCUACUUGGGCGUAAUGCCACUCUUGCUGAGGAACUUGCCAAAAGUGGGGGUGGUUCUGAGCAGAGAACAAGUGGAGUAUCAGAUAGAGUCCAAGUUGACGCGCUUCGGAGAGAUCUUCAAGAAGCUUCUCAAAGACUCGAGUUUCUCAAGGCAGAGAAAGCAAAGCUUGAGUCUGAGGCAUCCAAGUACCGAAACAUUGCUGAGAAGACAGAGUCUGAUCUUAGGAGCUUGUCCGAUGCAUACAACAGCCUUGAGCAGGCCAACUUCAACCUCGAGAAAGAAGUGAAGGCUUUGAGGAGUGGAGGUUCAGGACUCGAUCUCGAGGCGCUGAAAGCAGAAGCAAGGGAGGAAGCUCAGAAGGAGAGCGAGGCGGAGCUGAACGAUUUGCUCGUCUGUCUGGGCCAGGAGCAGAGCAAGGUGGAGAGGCUGAGCGCAAGGUUGCUUGAGCUAGGGGAAGACGUGGAUAAGUUGCUCGAAGGGAUUGGAGAAGAAGACGAUGCGGCGCUGCCCGAAGACGAGGAUGAAGAAGAAUGAGUGGGGCCCCGUGGUCUGCGAGGACAUGGCUGCCCAGGAAUGUUGUUGGGGGGGUUUGGCUUUGAACGUUUGUACACCUGAUGGUGAACUGUACAGUGCUCUGAUUCUUUGACGUGAUGCUGAAGCUCCGAGAUAGAGUAAUUCUGAUCCUUUGAUGAUGGAUGUAUUUUAUGCUUAUCUGUUUUAUUUAUCUAUUUCUAACUUGUUGAGAACCCAAAAAAAUCUGUCUUACUUUUCCUCGGAGUUUCAGAAUCGAUACUACCUGAGAUUUAGAACGAGGGUAAAGGAACCAUUUUCGAGUUUCAAUCCUUCAUGAUGUAAUGGAACAGCAA